AUGACUACCGAAACACCUACUUCUAACAUGAGGAUGCCGGUUCUAGCUAACCAUCUAGAUAAGCCAGAAAAGUUUGAUGGCCGAUUCCUCACGGAGAAUCCUCCCACUCCCAAAAUCGAUGAGCCAAACGUGGCUUCAUCGUCGGAUGCAAACGUGCAUCCGAAAGUUGAUGUUGAAAAGAAUAUGGCUAAAGAACUAUGGCAAUCUCUUGAACGUAAGUACAAAACAGAAGAUGCAGGUGCAAAAAAGAUUAUGGUCGGUCGAUUUUUGGACUACAAAAUGAACGAUUUCAAGAACUACCUUAAGCACAAGCGAAAGGAGAUGAACGUAGAAGAAUUGGUGAUUCGUCUACGCAUUGAAGAGGAAAAUAAAAGCGCCUCAAAGAAUUCUUUUGUCAAAAACCAGAACCUUAAUCCUAAAGGAGGAAUUUCUAAGAAGUUCACGGGCAAGUGUUUCAAUUGCAAUGGAAUGGGCCAUAGAUCUUCCGAUUGCAAGAAGCCGAGAAGAGUUCUAGAGGCUAACUUGACUCAAGAAUUAUCGGACAUGGAUCUAUGUGCGAUAAUAUCUGAAGUUAACUUGGUGGGGUCUAAUCCAUGA